AUUAACAAACAGAACUAUUUCAACACAUUUAAUUAUUUCCUUGGAGUAAAAUUGAAUCUCCCGCACAAACGUGAGAUAGCUGCGCGGCGUCGAAUAUCGAUACGGAAACAGCGCUACCAGUGCCGCCUUGCGGCCGCGCACUGUACUAAUGACGUGUUCUACGGCGUCCUCAGAUUUUAUUCACGGAAAGUGUAUCGCCAUAUUGCUUCCGUGAAUUCAGUGAAAUAUUUGUGCAUUUCUCUAAAAUUAUGACUAUAAUAUCAAAAUGAAGUGAUAUAAAACAAUCCUCAAACGUUUACUGAUAAGCGGGAUUCCUUUAUAUGUUUCUCACAUCUUGAUAUCGCGUAAAAAAGUUUAGAGUCGGCGUUUCGAUGUCAUUUGAGAAAAUGGAAGUAGUUAAUCCAGCUGAAAAGGAGGCGAGCGAAGUUCUGCAUUCACUGUUAUCAGUAGAGCGGCGUAGUGUUGACAGUAAAGAAGCAAUCAUCGUAUCAAUACCGUCAGACCAGAACGGAGGAGGUGAAUAUGGUGAAAGUGCUCAGUGGCAUACACCAGUAAUGGGGCAACAUUCAGUAUUUGAACUUGGUGGCUCUCAAAAUAUGCAACAACAUAACUAUAAUGGGCACCAGGAACAGGUAUUAUGGCAAAGCCAUACAAUACAAGUAGAGAAUGGUGAUGGCAAUCUCCAAGGCAUGCAGACACAAUAUAGUAUAGAGUUUGAGGCUAAUGUUGAGAACCAAGAGAUGGAUGUGGAAACAAAGCCUAAAAUGGAGAAGAAAGCUGGUAUAAAAAGAAAGAAGAAAGUAGCAGAGUCAGAUAGUGAUGAUGAAGUACUUGGAAAUUCUUUAGAGGACAAUCCUGAACAGGUAAAAGAAAGGCUGAGGAGGGGUUGUGAUUGUAAAGACAAUUGUUAUCGAGGGCUCAACCCUGAAGCUGUGUAUCGGCACCGUCUUAAUAUUGCGGAAUUAACGAAAAGUGAACAUGACAUGUAUUUGAUGGGAAUCACUAUGGCCAGUCUUGCAAAUCCAGCAGAGACAUCAAGGCAUAAAGUAAGAAGGAGAUUACGUGCCUGUUAUGUAUACCAAGGGAGAAAGGUAUGUCUGGAGGCUUUUCUGUACCUCGAAAAUGUUACUCACUAUCAGUUAAAACGCAUUCGACAACAUGUGAUGACGCACGGAGUAGCCCCUCGCAUACACGGCAAUGUGGGCAAGAAGCCUUACAACACCUUUACAUUGGAUAUUUAUAAACAUGCAACGAAUUUCUUAAAAGAAUAUUUAAAACAACAUGCAAGUUCACCUAAAGAUGUCCAACCAUCUGCCGAAAGUGGCAAGAAGGGAAGUAAGACAGUUAUCAUACAAGGUGACUCUAGGAAACAUUUGUUUGAAGCUUACAAGGAGUAUGGAGAGAUUCUUGAACCUGGUGUGAAACUAAUGGGCUACUCAACGUUCCGCGCAUUUAUGAAAGAUCAAUUCCCUCACGUUAAAUUCGCGACGAAAAAGCAGGAACUAUCGAAAGACAUGGUGCCAUUCCGCAGCGGAAAAUGCAUGACGUACGAUAAAAAUAAGGACCCGCUCAGAAUACAACAAGAGAAAGAAAAGGCAGAUGCCAAGAAAGCAGCAAUGGAAGCUAAGAAAAAAGAAGAACAUGAUAGAGAACACGCACAACAACAAGCUCAACAGCAACAGGUUCAACAACAACAACAACAGCAGCAGCAGCAAGUGCAACAAGUACAAGUUCAGCAUCAGCAAAUGCAAGGUCAGCCGCAUGUUGUGAUACACCAGCAGCAGUCUCAACAGCAGCAGCAAAUGCAGCAACAAAUGCUGGUGCCUCAAGUGAGUCAACACCAGCAAGUUUUAACACAACAAGUUGGUGGUGUACAACAAGUGUCGCAACAACACUGUGUACAGCCACUCGGUGUAUCUGAAGAUAAUGGCCAGCCAGUUGAAAUGGCACAGCAAGUGCACACAAUUCCUCUCGCAGUAGUACAACAGCCACAACAAGCGUAUGCUAUAGUGACACCUGUAUCACAUUUCCAAACACGUGUACAGGGCACUUGGUACAGACAUUGACAGGAUAAUGUAUUAUCUGUGGAAUCAACUAAUGGGAAGCACAAAGUUUACUUAUAAGUUACUUUGGUCCCAUACUGGUCUUAUGAAUAUGUUUAUGUGCAGAAUAUUAAAGAUGCAGUAUCCAGUUUUGUUCUCAUUACAAAUAAAGUAGAUUAUAAAUCGAAGCCUUAAUCUAGUCUUGAUACAAAAUAUUCAUUUAAUUUGAAUAUAGAACACUCGCAAAUGGUGCAAUGUCAAAAUGACGUUUUAUAAUUUCAAGAUGGGGUUGUGCCUGCAUUCAUAAACAUUUUUAUAGGUAUGUACUUACUUGUAACCUGGCAAUAAGUUAGCUGAUAGACCUUUUCAGUAUUGGUUGAGAACGGAUUAUACAAUAAUUUUUAAGAAUAAUAUUAAUCAUAUUUACACAAUUAGCUGUAGCUAUGUAGUUUAUUUUAUGAUAAUUAAGAGGAUUAGGCAAGUUUACUCUUUGGAGUGAUGAUUACAAAGCAAUUUUAAAUAUUUUAGGACUAAUAAACCAAAAUUUUAUUUUUCUUUGAAAAGCCUAUUCUUCUUUUAUUAUCAAAGUCAGAGUGCUCAUUGUGUUUCUAGUAUAUCUAGUGUAUUUUAACUAUUUCGAUAUUUUUUUUAAAUCAUCACAAGACAUAUUAAGUUAAUGAAAGCAGUGCCUUCAUACUCGAAUUAGUUUGAUUCAAUUUUAGACUCAAUGAUGGGGUUUUAAUACUUUUCGAUUUAUACAUAUCAAUUUGAAAACUGCUUUUAUUACAAAUUGUAAUCAUUGCGGAAAUUUAAUGAAAACCUCCUUGCAGCUAUU